AUGGAGAUUUCCAGUGGAGGUUGUUCUCCUAGGAUUAGGUCAGAUCAUUUGAAAAGAGAGGGAUCAGAUGAAUCACGUUUACGUCAAGCUUUUGAAUUGCAACCCUCUGAUGAUCACAAUUAUGAAAUCAAAUCAAUGAAUGCUUUGGAUAUUCUCAGAGAGACUAUAAGGAUUCUUAGGUUUAAUUCAUGGGGUUUCAUGAUAAUCACCGUUUUGCUUAUUUGUCCUGUUUCUGCUGUGCUUUUGUCUAAUGUGUUGGUGGAUGAAUCUAUUGUUAAGAAUCUCACUAUUAGGCUUAUGUUGGUUGCUGAAACUAGUGGUCUUCCUUUGAGACCUAUGAUCAAACAGUCUUGUCAGAGAUUCGCCGAGACUGUUAUUUCGUCUGCGAUGUGUUUUCCUUUGUAUACGACUUUGUUAUUGUUGUCGAAAACUGCGGUGGUGUAUUCUGUUGAUUGUAGUAAUUCCAAAAAGAAGUUUGAUUCUUCUAAGUUUUGUGUGAUUGUUGCUAAGUUUUGGAGGAAGAUACUUUCGACUUAUAUGUGGGCUUGUACGAUUAUAGUUGGUUGUGUUACUAUGUUCUGUGUUUUCCUUGUUGCGUUCUGCAGUGCUUUGGCUGUUCUUGGGUUUUCUCCUAAUGUUCUUGUGUAUGCUGCGUUGAUGAUUGGGCUAGUUUUCUCUGUUAUUUUUGCCAAUGCCAUAAUCAUUUGCAACAUCGCAUUGGUGAUCUCGGUGCUUGAUGAUGUUUCGGGGGCGCAGGCGAUGCUGCGGUCUAAUAUUUUAAUCAAGGGUCAGACUCAGGUGGGUCUGCUGAUAUAUCUUGGAUCAACAAUAGGGAUGGCCUUUGUGGAGGGGCUUUUUGAGCACAGGGUAAAGAUACUGAGUUAUGGUGAUGGAUCUUCAAGAAUGUGGGAAGGGCCGCUCUUGGUGAUAAUGUAUUCGUUUGUGGUGCUUGUAGAUUCCAUGAUGAGUGCAGUUUUCUAUUUCAGUUGUAGAUCUUCUAGCAUGGAAAACUCAAACGGCGAAGGCAUCUCAAUUUUAGAAACUAUGGCCAUUUCUGCUGAAACAAUAGGCAUGCAAUGA